AUGUCUGUUGCACGUGCCGGCCGGCCCGAGGCAUUGCAGAUCCUCUCUCUGUAUCGCCAGCUGCUCCGCCAGGCCGAUCGCUUCCCCGAGUACAACUUCCGCGAGUACGCCAGGCGCCGCACCCAAGAUGCCUUCCGCGAGCACCGCGCCGAGUCGGAUCCGCGGCGGGUCCAGGAGCUUGUGCAGCAGGGUCUCAAGGACCUGCGGGUCAUGCAGCGGCAAAGCACGAUCGGCAACUUUUACCGGUCAGAACGACUGGUCGUGGAGACAAGUGGCCAGGCAAAGAGCCACAACGCGCCAUUGCUGCCAGCGCGGGGAUCAGACUGA